CCCAGUCUCUAUCAGGAAGAUCUCUCCACGCGGAGAGUAAUUUUUAAGUCUGUCCACAAAGAUCCAACCAAUCUAGUUUCAUUUUUUCUCUACCGCGAGCCUGUUAUCAACAAACGUGACCAAUGAAUCUCAGUCCACGAAAAAUUCAAGAUUAGUUAUUUGAAUCACUCUUUCAAAAAUUAGGCACGAAAUAGUUUUAAUCAGAAUUGGUAAUUGUCGAUUUUUUUGACAGUCUUUUAUAGUUUCUUGUCAUUCAAUAAAACAAAAGUUUUUGAUCAAAAAAAGUGAAGAAUGAUGCGUGACGACUGUAAUCAACUUUUAAAUAUCCCACAGCUUUGUUUUGUUCAGUGAGCAGUGAAUAGUGAAAUUUGCACCAAUUAUCCAGAGACUCAUUCGUGAGGAUUCCCUGAGCAAAAUUACCGUGGUAACGAGCCCCUAUCGUUAUUUCGCUGCUCGUGCAAUUAUUGCGCAACACAAAAAGCAGAAUGGCUCCAGUUAUUAACGCGGUUGUGUCGUGAGUAAAUUUUUUUUCGUCCUCUCUUUGUUGCCGGCAGAUUACACAAUUCUGUGUAUAGCAAGCCGACGGCGAAAUCCCCACUGUCUCCGUUAAGAUUCAAUUAAGCAGCGAAACACUUCGAGGAUUGCCUAAGAAGACUAAUUCAUUUUGAAACAAUGUACAUAACUACAAUAGUACAAAUAAAAGCACGUGAUUGAUCUAGCAUCAUCCAAAGUAACUAAAAUUUUCUAAAUGUAGAAAAAAGUACGUUAUAAAAAUAAAAAUAACUAAGAAGGUCACCCGGUAGCUGGUUCACGGUCAAGUGCACUAAAGGCAGGAAACGCCGAUGGACUUCCGCUGGAGGGACUUGGGUGGAAACUCGAGUGAUUUGCAAUUCAAUACACCGGACUGAGGGGGAGUUACUUUCAAUUUAUUAUUACAGAACUUGGUCAAGAUGGAGGAGGUGUAUGUUAUAAGAAUAAAAACGAAGCCAAUCCCUUCGUCGCUUUAUCCCUCAGAACGAAGAUAUUCAGCCUCGACAGUGGGUGGCUUGGCGAUGAUACAUUUUGGACUGGGCGUCCUUGCCCUUCUUCUGGGAUCACUGGCCAGGUCUUUGCAGGGCCCAAUUUUGGCUCUUGCAUGCUUGGUACCGUUUUUUUCCGGUCUACUUGCUUGGAGAAGGUGGUACAUCGACCGGAACAUAGGUCUCUUUUUUUACGGUAGCCUCAUCUCUCUAACGGUAGCCGUCUUAUGUUUAGCUGCAACUAUUUUUGAGAUGACAACUAUUGUUCAAGGAGAUGGUGGGUCUUCUUGGUCCAUGGAACACAUCUUCACUAGGUAUGGUUCUUCCGCUACGAGAAAUGACUCUUUGUAUCUUGGUGAAGAUACAUCUACUAAUUAUAGUCAACACUGGAAUGCUAAUGAAGCUUAUAAUAGAUCUGCAAUGCAGGGUUUCAACUUGCCAUUCCAGGCUGUAGACACAUUGGAGGAUCUUGUUGCAGAAGCUUCAGUUAUUCACGAAAAAAGAAUGACGGAAAAUGAUAAUGAUAAUUUCAAUAAGAGUGGAUCUCCAGAAAUGAUGAGAAUUUGGCACAAUGAAAGAGGAUCCCUGCAUUCGAAAUUGUUACUGGCCAUAAAUGUAUUGGUGACGUCUUUGCUGGAGACUUUAUGGUCUUUGUUAAGUGCAAGGAUAGGUUUUCGUGGGAUGAUUAAUCGAGUUGAAACAAGUUAUAGUGGUAAUGCUACUGGUAAGAAGGAACAUAAAUCUGGACACAAGAAGAAGCUCCCUGCCCCGAGACCAGAUAUUCUCAGUCAUUAUCAGAAGAACUUUGGUAGUUUGCAGAGUUUGAAUUCAUUGCAGAGUUCUUUGAAUUCAGGACCUAGACUUCCGUUACCGGAAUCUAGUAGGGAAUUCAGAGAGAGGGUUGAGAGAUUUCUGGUCAAUCAAGCUGCCCACAGAAGUGUUGAAAAUGCUGGUCCUUGAGGAUACGAUUCUUGAUAAAGUGAUCUCCAUACUUUGUAGAAAUCUCAGUUCUUUGCUGGUAUAUCAGUAUUGAUUAUUAGGGAAACUUAGUUCCAGGUGAACAAUAUUUUAUGAAAAACAUUUAAGAAGUCGGAGAAACUGAGAGAAACUUUUGCAUCUAGGUUACCUUAAUUUGCAAUAUUUUAUCACUUCUUAUUUUAUGUAAAGUUAUAUUUUAAAUAAGAUUCCGAUUUAAAUUCUAAGUUAACGAUUUAGCAGAAUUCUUUAAUUUCUUGUAGCAAAAAUAUUGUACAAACAAGCAUUUUAUCAUCUAUGAUUUGCAAGUACCAUAACGUUUUAAUAUUUUAAAAUAUUGUUAGUAUUUAUUGCAAAAUGUGAAUAAUUUUUAGAUUUAUAAUGAACGUGGGAUAUUUUUAAAUGAGCUUAAUUUUAUUAUUCAAUGUUCAUGAAUGAAAAAGACUAUCAACAAACCAUUCAACCGCCGAGAAUGACUCUUUUAUAUUAUCAGAGCAUAGUAUAUAAAAAGUGAUAUAACAUUUGCAUGAUACUGUUAAUGUACACAUUGUAUUACUUCAAUUACUCUAGAAUUGAUACUAAAUUAAACGAUACAUUUUUUUGUAUAUACAAUCUGUUCUUUGCUUGAAAAAGUUCAAUGUGAAUAGUAUAAUGAAACCUAUAUAUCUCUGUCAAUUUACUCAAGUGCAAUUUACUUCUUGAUGUAUGUAUCCAUCGUACCAUGGAUAUAUUUAACGGCCUUCAGUUAUUUUCAAAUUACGUUACUUAACAAAGCUUAUUUGAUGCUACAUUUUCUUCAAUAUUUUCAUAAUUUGAAUACUUCAUUCGUACAGAUUAUAGCCCGGAUCAAAUGAAAAAAGAAUUAAUUACAAUUUUUUAAUUAUCUUUAAUUUAAUAUUGUGUUUCAGAAAAUUUGAAAUAUGUAUCAAGGCU